GCCGGGCAAGAUGGCGGAUGGGGUGUUGAGCCCCGGCGUGAACCUGGAGGCCUUCUCCCAAGCCAUCGCCGCUAUCCAGGCGCUGCGCUCCAGCGUGACGCGGGUCUUCGACUGCCUCAAGGAUGGGAUGCGGAACAAGGAGACCCUGGAGGGCCGAGAGAAGGGCUUCGUGGCCGCCUUCCAGGAGAGCCUGCACUCCGUCAGCCGCGACCUGGGUGAGCUGGAGCGUCUGAGCAACCUAGUGGGUAAACCAUCUGAGAACCACCCCCUGCACAACAGCGGACUCUUGAGCCUAGAUCCUGUUCAGGACAAAACACCUCUUUACAGCCAACUUCUUCAAGCCUAUAAAUGGUCAAAUAAGUUGCAGUACCAUGCCGGGCUGGCAUCUGGCCUUCUGAAUCAGCAGUCUCUGAAACGUUCAGCCAACCAGAUGGGAGUAUCUGCAAAACGCAGGCCAAAAGCCCAGCCAACAACACUUGUCCUACCUCCUCAAUACGUUGAUGAUGUGAUCAAUCGGAUUGAUAGGAUGUUCCCUGAAAUGUCUAUCCAGCUUUCCCGGCCAAACGGAACCUCUGCAAUGCUUCUGGUUACCUUAGGAAAAGUGUUAAAAGUGAUAGUGGUGAUGCGGAGCCUCUUCAUUGACCGGACCAUAGUAAAAGGGUACAAUGAAAAUGUCUAUACUGAAGAUGGCAAGCUUGACAUAUGGUCUAAAUCCAACUAUCAAGUUUUUCAGAAGGUGACAGAUCAUGCAACCACUGCUCUAUUGCACUACCAGCUGCCUCAAAUGCCAGAUGUGGUAGUCAGAUCUUUCAUGACCUGGUUAAGAAGUUACAUAAAGCUGUUCCAGGCUCCCUGCCAGCGCUGCGGAAAGUUUCUGCAGGAUGGCCUGCCUCCCACAUGGAGGGAUUUCCGAACACUCGAAGCUUUUCAUGACACUUGCAGGCAAUAGAAGCCCAGACCCUGAUAACACGAGGAGUGGACAAUGUGACAGGCUUGGGAAAGAGCUGAUGGUUUGAUAGGUGGUUCCAUUUCUGAACCUUUCACCCUGUGCUAAGUAGUGAGGUUGCACUAACACAUUUGACUCUUUAAAAGCCAACACUCUGCAAGGCAUGUGUGAGACUGAAGGAUUUUGAAGAGGAUGGUAAGAAGCUGUGUGUGAUCACUUGAUACUUCUGAGGUGAAAUGACAUGUCUGGGGGGAUCUGACAGUAAUAAGUCGUUAUUCUAAACCUUAAUGAAAAUACCUGUGUACAGUUUGUAUUUUGUGACAGAAUUUGCAAUGUUGAAGACUUUUACAAGUUUGAAAUAAAUUUUAUA